AGUUUUGGGUUCAAGGACGGAUUUGAGUUUUUAAAUUAGUAGGAGAAACUUUCACAGGCAUCAUGUCAUCGCAGUGUGACUGUAAACCAACUACAAAAUGUAUUAAUAGCGAAAAAAUAUCGAAGACUGAACUAGAGAGGCAUUUAGCUUCUUUGGGAAGGAAAGAACGUCACAACUAUGCAAUUAAUCAUGAUAUACCGGUGAAUCCCUUUUCUGGGCGUAAAAUUGAAUGGAGCCCUACAACUUUUAAUACAGUCAAGGCAGUUGAUUUGUUUGACGAUAGUCUGCCAUCUCCAAACCAUUCGUUAAUGGAUGAUGAUCGACGAGCUUCUAUAACUCACCAACAGUCAAUUGUAUCAUGCGAACAUAAGGAAAUUUCGGAAGAAAGAAGGGAAAUAUCUAGAGUAUUUUUUGAAAGUUACGUUGGACCACCAUCGCCCAAUCAUAGAUCAAUUAAUAUUGUAAAUGAAACUCAGGAACAAGAAAUGAAAUUUGAAAAAGUGAAGUCGGAAACAGAAACAAAAGAUUCUUCAACUCAAACUGAAUGGUGUAUAGACCCGGAUUGGGCUCAUUCGGGAUCUGUUCCAUUUCUCAGGUUGUUAUCAUCAGGUGACGAUGAACUUUUUGACGCUAGUCAUAUUGUAUAUUUACCGCUAUACAAAAAGUCAAAUUGGCGACCGUUAUUGGCAACGGAAAUUCUUCCGAAGGCCUAUUUUACAGAUGGCCGCGGUAAUUUAAUGUGUGAUCAAUAUAGAAAAGUUAUUGACGGUGAUGAUGGACCCUCAGGUAUGACCCCAAAUGAAUAUCGUCUCAUGCAAAGAACUCAUAAACUCGAUGAAUCGCCAAAGAUAACGCCGAAAUUCGGAAGAGAAAGAUUCAUUGAAUCCCCUUGUGGCCUUAGCAAAUUUUCUCCAAAGCUCUCACCAAUAACACCUCAAACCAAACCUCCCCAACGAUCAGGCUCUUCAACUUUCCGUCUAAAUAUUUCUCCUAUUUUAGCCAAUAGUCCUAAUUUAUACGGACCAGUCGGAGUUGGUAGGAUAAGAAAAAAUUCAGGAACCGUUGCACCAUUCGCUGGACAAUUGAGCUUUUGUUUAGACGAUGACGAUGAAGAGGAAGAUGUUGAAUCAAACGAGAAAAAGCCGAGAAAAGAAGAAAAUAAUUUUAAUCGUAGGAAAGUAAAACAGAAAGGACCAGUCGUAAAUAGUACAAUGCGUAGUAUUAGUCAAAUGGACGAAAAUAGCACAAUUCCAGACCAAGGAUAUUUAACGAUGAGCACAAGAAUGUCGGAAAAUAUGGAUGGAACGGAUAUAUCAGAUGCUGCAAUGGCUUCUACUCCAUCGAAAAAUCGGCUCUUUCAAGCUCUUUUAUCAACAAAUUGCGAACAAGUGGAAGAAAAAUAGCUUGUUCGGUCAACUUUAAGCCGUAUAUUUUUUUUCCUUUAAUUUAGAACACUUUAAAAUAAUUACAAAUGAAGAAAAUUUUAGUAACUUUAUUCUCUUAUUUAAAUUAGCCUUACUAAAAGUUUGGCUAUAAUUUUCAUUUAGAUUAUAAAAAGUCAUAACGUGUCAGUGUUCAAUAAAGUCUUAUUCACAUUUAGAAAAAAAAUCAUUUGUUUUCUCUUUAACGGUUUUUAUUCUUCUAAACAUGCAUGUCAACUUUCUAAAAUUAACAAUAAUGAAAACGGGUAAAACGUUUAAUUCAAAUCGAUUAAAAAGCAAUAAAGACCCGAUACAAUAGCAAUAAAAACUGGUAUUAAAGGAAUAACUAAUUCAAACAAACAAGUUUCGUUUAUUUACUAAUAUAUGCAGUCUAAUUGAAAGUUCUUCUUUGAAAUAGGUAAGAAAUUAAACAAGGUAGUUUGUCAAGUAAGAAACUUUAUUAUUAUAUUAGUAUAAAUAAAAACAUAAGAAGAUAACAAUAGACGAAAAGAACUCUUUAACAUGCGUUUAUUUUAAAUUAUUAAAUAAAUUAAAGUCUUUCUUUAAUAUAUAGUAUUUUGAUUGAACGUAACGUAAACAAUGUAAAGUAUAACCUGAAAAGCAUAAAGACAAACUUCGUAAAAUAUAUACUGUGAUUGAUUUUAAUUAUAUAUAAUAUAUACAGUGUAUAUAUACACCAUAUCCGAUAUGUAAUCGCUUA